CAGAGCUGCAGUUCCCACUUGUCCGAGCUGAGGUGUUUGACCGUGAACGCACCAGCAGCAGCUCAGUCACAGCAGUCGCAGCAGGAGGAUGGCCGGUCUGUGGAGGUCCUACCAGGCCCUGAUGAGCAGAUACCCCUGGACAGUUCAGAUAGUGACGGCAGGCUCUCUAGUGGGACUUGGUGAUGUCGUCUCCCAACAGCUGAUCGAGAGACGAGGACUCGCUCAACACAACGUGAUGCGGACGGCGAAGAUGAUGAGCAUCGGCUUCUUCUUCGUGGGUCCAUUCGUUGGGAGUUGGUACAAAGUUCUGGACAAACUGGUCGUGGGAGGAAGUAAAAGUUCGGCUAUGAAGAAAAUGCUGCUUGAUCAGUUGUGUUUCGCUCCGGGCUUCCUGGGGGCGUUCCUCUGUAUCUCCGGCGCUCUGAACGGACUCACGCUGGACGACAACAUCGCCAAACUCAAGAGGGACUACCCUGACGCCCUCGUCGCAAAUUACUACCUGUGGCCUCCGGUCCAGAUCGCAAAUUUCUACUUCAUUCCACUUCAGCACAGAUUGGCCGUGGUCCAGAUUGUAGCCGUGGCCUGGAACUCCUACUUGACCUGGAAGGCCAACAAGAUGUGAAGGACGGUCUCAGUGCAGCCGGUUCCUGCUGAUGACGAGUUCACACUCAUCUGUAGUGUGUGUGUGUGUGUGUGUGUGUGUCUGUGUGUGUCUGCUUGUGUGUAUCUUCCUUUAGGUUCCUCCUCUUGUGAUAUUUGUGACGUGUAAAACCGAGUCAUUUCUAAAG